UGCACGUAAACAACUACUUCGGGAAAAAAAGAGAGAAUUGAGACAGGAAAAAGAAAGAAGAAGAAAUUGAAUUUUGUUUAGCUGAUCAAGAUUCAAGAGGAUCAAUAAUAAUCUUUGCCAAAAUGGUUUACGCGUAUUUGUUAGGCGGAUUCAUAGCUUAUUCUUUGCUGGGGUUGUUUUUCUACUGUAGUUACCGAGGAAAGAAGACUGCAACCAGCACAGCCAAUGGAUUUGUAAAGAUGUCGUAUUCAAACGGCAUAUUCCGGUCAGAUAUCGAAAAGAGGACGGAUAUAGUCAUCGUCGGCGCCGGAGUCGCCGGUGCAGCUCUUGCUUACACCCUUGGCAAGGAUGGACGCAGAGUUCACGUGAUUGAAAGGGACUUGAAUGAGCCUGACAGAAUUGUUGGUGAGCUUUUGCAACCAGGUGGCUAUCUCAAAUUGAUUGAGUUGGGUCUACAAGAUUGUGUUGAAAAGAUUGAUGCCCAGAGAGUUUUUGGCUAUGCUAUUUACAAAAAUGGGAAAAGCACCAAACUUUCUUAUCCUUUGGAAAAGUUCAGUUCAGAUGUAGCUGGCAGAAGCUUUCACAAUGGGCGUUUCAUACAAAAGAUGAGGGAAAAAGCUGCUUCUCUUCCAAAUGUGAGAUUGGAACAAGGAACAGUGACAUCUCUAAUUGAAGAGAAAGGGACUGUUAAAGGGGUUCACUACAAAACCAAGGCUGGUGAAGAGUUGACAUCAGAAGCUCCCUUAACAAUAGUAUGUGAUGGCUGUUUCUCAAAUCUCCGUCGUUCUCUCUGCGAUCCGAAGGUUGAUAAUCCAUCCUGUUUUGUUGGUUUGGUGUUGGAAAACUGUGAUCUUCCAUUUGCCAAUCAUGGCCAUGUAAUUUUGGCAGACCCUUCACCCAUCCUGUUUUACCCCAUUAGUAGCACCGAGUUGCGUUGUCUGGUUGAUGUUCCUGGCCAAAAAGUGCCCUCUGUGGCCAGCGGCGAAAUGGCGCAUUAUCUGAAGACCAUGGUCGCUCCUCAGAUUCCACCAGAGUUGUACUCUGCUUUUAUAGCUGCAAUAGACAAAGGGAACAUCAGGACAAUGCCAAACAGAAGCAUGCCUGCAGCUCCUUAUCCAACUCCCGGUGCACUGCUGAUGGGAGACGCGUUCAACAUGCGCCAUCCUUUGACCGGUGGAGGAAUGACUGUCGCUCUUUCCGACAUCGUUCUUCUGAGGGAUCUUCUCAGGCCUCUAUAUGAUCUCCAUGAUGCAUCCACUCUCUGCAGAUACCUCGAGUCCUUCUACACGCUACGUAAGCCAAUGGCAUCAACCAUAAACACAUUGGCAGGUGCACUCUACAAGGUGUUCUGCGCAUCACCCGACACAGCAAGGGAGGAAAUGCGCCAAGCAUGUUUCGACUAUUUGAGUCUUGGAGGCAUUUUCUCAAGCGGACCGGUGGCUCUGCUCUCUGGCCUCAACCCUCAUCCUUUGAGCUUGGUUCUCCAUUUCUUCGCGGUGGCUGUCUACGGUGUUGGACGCUUGCUGCUUCCGUUUCCCUCGCCUAAACGCGUGUGGAUCGGCGGCAGAGUGAUUUCGGGUGCAUCAGGUAUCAUAUUUCCCAUCAUAAUGGGUGAGGGAGUUAGACAGAUGUUCUUUCCUGCCACUGUUCCAGCAUACUAUAGAGCCCCUCCUAUUCACUAAGGAAAUGUAAACAAAAAAUUCAGGACAAAAAAACCUGACAAGAUAAACAAACAUUCAAUUGUUAUUAUUAUUAUUUUUUUUUUUUUGAGUUUUUGCAUGUCUUGCCUUUUAAUUGGGAAAAAGAUUUCCCUCGAGGUUUGUAAUGAGCACCUAAAAGAGAGUAGAAAUUGUAUUAUUCGUGUUAUUUGUAUUAAAACUGACUGUUCACUUCAAGCA